AUGGCGGGCCAAAAUCAAGAUAUAAAUCUUUCUACCGUUGAUGGUUCUCAAAAAAAUGAAAAUCCUCAAAAUACACAAUUGUAUCCUCCUCAAAGUGCUCAGGACACACAGCAGCAUCCUCAGGAGCCUCAAGAUACACAUAUUGGUAGUGGUAUUGCGAAUACUUAUGAUCCAAAUUAUAAUCAAGGUGCAAAUGUAUAUAAUCCUAACUACAAUCCAUUUCAAAAUCAAAAUUUUAACACUUACGAUUCAACAAAUCCAUAUGCAAAUGCUUACAGUAGUAGUACUGAUGCUGGAAUGAAUGCUUAUACUACUGCUACUGAAUCGAAUGCUUACAGUAGUGCUGGUGAUAAUGAGAAUAAAAAUAGUAGCACUACAACACACUCUGAAACUGUUGUUGAAAAAAAAGAAAAUUCAGAUGAUAACAAUGUAUCAGUAGGUCUUGCGGCUGCUGUGAAUCCUGGUGUUGAGUCAUCUGAUCCUUCAAAGUUGAACCCCACUGAAGAACCUAAAAAGAAACAUAUACCUA